GUUAGUUGAUGUACAAUGCUAGGGGCAGACGGGUAGCUGUGAAACAAUUAAAAUUUUGAGCUCACACUUCUUUGUUCCUUCACUCCUUGGUAAUCAAGAAUCGUUUUUUGUUGAGAUGAGGACGAUAAACGAAGUAAUCGAAGUGGAUGGGUUAGAGGCGAGGUUAUUGGACUUGGAGGGCGGUGAGAGUGAAGCGGUGCUUUAUGCGGCGUCGUUUGUAGAAAGCGAAGAGAGGUUUGUGAAAUACAACACAGUGCAAUGGGUGCUUUACUCGCUUCUUCUCAUAUUGGCAUGGGGAAUUGGCUUCCUCAUGUUGCUCUAUCUUCCUGUUAGGAGGUUUGUGCUCAGAACCGACAUACGCUCCAGAAAGCUCUACCUCACUCCUAAUUCCAUUGUUUACAAGGUUACGAGGCCAGUACCAUUUCCAUGUUUUGGGGUCCUGCAGAAAGAGAAGCAUGUUUUAUUGCAGAAUGUAGCUGAUGUUGUCGUUGAACAAGGAUAUUUGCAGUCACAUUUUGGUGUUUAUUCUCUUAGAAUUGAAAAUAUUGGUGUACGAAGACCACCUAGUGAUGAUGUUAAAAUCCAGGGUGUUGCAAAUCCACAUGCUUUCAGGAAGGCCAUAAUGAUGCGCCUAUCAAACAUGAGAAAUGAGAUGUUCUCUACACAGGUUUCUACAUUAGAUGUUCCACAUAUGAUGAUGUCUCCUUCAAAGUCAUUGAGACAAGAUUCCACUUCUGGAGAGCUGCUGCUGUUGCAGAAACUAGAGGAAGUUGGAAACUCUGUCAAGAAAAUUCAGUGUUUAUUUGAGGAGCAACAAUCUCAUACAGCAGAAUCUACAGAUUGAAGUUUGUGAAAAGUUCAGGUAACCUAUUUUCCAGGUAAUGGAAUAAUCGGGUAAUUUCAAAUCCUCAAUCAGUCUCCUGACUCUUCCAAGUUCCAAGCCUAAUUGCUACGUUAUUAACAUAAUAACAUCCCAUGCAACUAUUGAUGACACGCUAAGCAUUAUAGCUAGUCAUCAUUGUUUAAAUUUGUACUUUCUUGUGUAAAAUUGCGCUUAAUUGCGCUGUGUAUUAAUGUUAAAAGAAAAGAAGAAAUACCUUUAUUGUUAUACUAGUAUGAUGUAUCAAUGAUUCCAUUUUUAUUUUAUUUUAUUUUAUAGAGUAAAUG